CUCUGACAUCAUCAAGAGUCAUCGCGGUCAGCACUCACGGAUUUCCAUUUAGACCCCAGUGCUCUAACGUUGUAGAAAACGCCUAGAUAACUGAUCUCAGAUCAGAUCUACCUCAGCUGUUUAACAGCGCUCUUAAGUGUCAAUCUGAUUGAGUUGGCCAAUCAAAUGAAGAAAGGCGAGGAUUAUUGUCCAAUAAAAUGAAAGAAGGCGUGAGUUGCUAUUUACAGAAGUCAAGCUCGAGUUCAGUUCUACUUUGAAAGAGUGGGAUCCACAGGAGCUCACUCGUCAUAUUGGCUGGUCUUUGUAAUUUUUGAAAUACUGACGUAUUUUAACAAUUUGUGUGGUAAGAAUUCCACUGGAACUUUUCUGGACACGAAACAUGACUUCGGAUCAGCCAGUUCUACUCGCAGCAGUGUCGUUACUGUCUGCUCUUCACAUGGGUUUUCUGGCAAGGCGUGUGGGCUGGUCUAGGAUGAAGCAUAAAGUUAUGCCACCUUCUGUUACUGGACCCGCUGAGUUUGAAAGGACAUUUCGUGCCCAACAGAAUGGUGUAGAGUUUUACCCCAUCUUCUUGGUGGUAUUGUGGAUCUCUGGUAUUUUUUGCAAUGAAGUAAUUGCAGCUCUUGGUGGACUUCUGUAUAUUGUGGCAAGAGAGAUGUAUUUUACUGGCUAUAUAAAUGAAUCAAAGAAAAGGUUGCCAGGGUUUUACAUGGUGAUUUGUGUUUUGUUAUUCUUAACUGUGAUGGCUACACUUGGAAUCAUUCAGUCAUUCUUGCAUGAAUAUCUGGACGUCAAACUUCAUUAGAGAAAAUUAUAGUAUUUUAACCUUCAGUUACUCUUCUAUCCGUUUCCCUCUUUAACCAAAAACACCAAGCAUUUUUUUAUAUUUUCUAAUGAUGUAGAUCAAAUAAAAAUGUGUUGGUAAU